AUGAACCACGCAGCUCUCUUUAUUGCUGUUCUCCAGCUUUGUGAAAUUUUAGCCAAUGUGGAAGGAAAGGUUGUGGAUUCAACUGUAAAACUUAGUGAGAAGAUGAAACUGGAAUGCAUAUAUCCAAAAAAGGCUGUGAUAAUCCAGACAUCCUGGAUGAAAUUUAAUGUAACUCAUAAGGAAAAUAUAGCUGUCUUGCAUCCAAUCUAUGGCAUACAUAUUGAAGACAAGUACAAUGGAAGAAUUUAUUUUGAAAAUGCUUCCAGGGAAGACAAGUCCUUAUCCUUCAUCAAGAGCACUUUGGAGGAUGUUGGUCUUUACUUUUGCUCCAUUGUAACUUACCCAGAUGGAAUUUGGGAAAAGGUAAUAGAAAUUAUUCAGCCAGCUGAUGCUUUUGAAGUAUCUGAGAAACAAAAUAACCACGUCUUUACCAAGCCAGGAGGAAAUGUCGCUUUUACUUGCCCUUAUAAAAUUGGAGAUUCAGUGCAGCAAGUGAAGUGGGAAAGGAUUAAAGCAGAUCAGGUAGAUAUUAUUGUUCUGUGCAACUCAUCAGGAAAGCAAAGCUUUGGUCCAGAUUUCAAAGAGCGUACACUGGUGGAUUGCUCUGAUCAGGCAAACUCUAUGAUCGUCAUUCAAAACAUUACCGACUCUGACUUUGCAACAUACCGCUGUGUAGCUACAGGAAGAAACAAAACCUAUGUGAUGAGUUUUACUGUGGCUGCAGCUUGGGAUGGUAAAUGGUUUAUUAUCUACAUAGCUGGAGGAAUUUCUGCUGCUGUCUUACUGUUAGUUUUCCUACUGAUCUUCUGCAUCACCACUGCUUAUUGCAAAAAAAAGAAGAGGAAGAGGAUCACAGAGGCCUUAUCAAAAGCUUCAUACUCUACUCAGACCCUGCCUGCUAACAGUUACGGAAGAUCCAAUUUUCAUGGCACAUGGAACACAGAAAGAAGAGCAGAAGAAUCAUCACUUGGGCAGACGGAGGAGAUUUACGUCAACUGCAAAAAUGUCUCACACAAAUCUAAGAAAUGA